UUUUUUUUUUUUUUUGUAUAAAUGUACACCAACAGCUUUUACGACUUUUGUGUUUUCUUGGAUUAACAGCCCCUAUGACGACCACACCCUGCCCACAAUCCAUAUCCAGUUUUAGGCAACAACGUUUCCAACUAUCGGAAACCAUAAUCAUGAACAUAACCCCAAGUCCCCAACCCCGACCCCACCCUCAUGAUCUACCCCUUCUCCCGCAUUUUCUUCAUCAUCACCAAAACAAAAACAAAACGUAUGUAACAUCUUCACAAACCCUCUAAUCAUGGUGGCUUUCGCUUCCAUUGCUUGUCUCAACGGCAACAAUGGCGGCGUCAAAAGAUCACCCAACGAACAACCCGCAAAUAUCCCCCUUGGAAUCCUCGUAUUCGAGGCUGCCAAGACCGUAUCCCGCCUUCUUUCCCUCUACAGAUCUCUCUCCGAUCCUGAAAUCUUGAACCUCAGGAAAGAAAUCUUUAAAUCUAAAGGCGUUGUUUAUCUCAAUUCUGAUGACGAAGGGUAUCUCCUAAACCUGGCGUGUGCGGAAAAGAUCGAAGAUCUUGACAAAGCUGCAAUCGUAGUUGCAAGGCUUGGCCGGAAAUGUUCGGAUUUGACGUUGAAUUCCUUCGAUAGGGUUUACACUGAUAUUAAAUCAGGAACGACGGAUUUACGGAAAUUUGAGUAUGGGACAAGUAAAACAAAGAAGAAAAUUCGUAAGUUGAAGAGAUUCUUGUCGGCGACGUUGGGUUUGUAUGGUUCGAUGCAUUGUUCUCCGGGAUUGGAAGCGGCGCCGGAGAAGAAAAUGAAUUCUCCGGUGCCGUUCAAGAACAUGAUGAAGUUCCCGGCCAUUGAAUGGAGAAUACCGCAUGCGCAGCCCUGGAAACAACAUGUUCAUCACACAAAACCGAAUUUAUGGACCCUGCCUUUCGAAAAAGUGGUUAGGCUGACGUCGAGAGUUGUAUGCAUAAUUUAUGCCCGGAUUUGCAUGGUGUUUGGACCAUACGUGUCUGAUUUACCAACCGCAUACACCGGCAGACAAAAACACGUUACUGCACAAAUCCCAUCUGAAAUCUGGUUUAUCGAGCCCAGAACGCCUGACAACAAAUCUCCUCGGCCAAGACUCUGGAUUGUUCAUCAUCAUAAACCAAGAUCUCCUCGGUCAAAACUCGUGAAAUCCAAAUCCAAAAAAAACUUGGCUCGGAUAAACCCAAACCCCGAUAGGUCGAUUCCGACUGAGGAAGCCAAAACCGAUCAGGUAUUCCACGACGCCGGUCCCAAUACUGUUGGCGGCUCCCGUCUUCAGAUUCUUUACGCCAACCUCAUCAUGAUGGCGGAGGAAAACAUGGUGAGAAAGACCAUAAAAGAUGAUGUGCGGGAUGAGAUGUAUCGGAUGUUGCCAAAAAAUAUGAGAGCGAUGGUUAAGGUGAAGAUCAGGAGGCUCAGGGAUUGCAAGGGCAACAAUGGUGGGAAGCAGAAGAUGAAGGAAGCAUUGAGGAGUAUAUUCAUGUGGCUUUCACCCAUGGCGCACAACACCUUGUUGUGGGCUCGGGAGAGGAGAGUGGAGAUGACUCGUUUUGACGCCAGGCCUCCUGUGCUGUUAUUGCAGACAUUGCAUUUCUCAGACAAGGAGAAGACGGAAGCUGCCAUUGUUGAGGUAUUAGUGGGUUUAAGUUUUAUAUACAUGCAACAGAAGAGUCGCCGGAUGCCUACAGCUUGAUGGCGGCGGAUGAUGGUGAACAUGAAAAAAAAAAACUUGUACAUGAUAUAUUCAAAUGAAUAAUAAUUUUUUUUCCUUGGAA